GACACACAACAGUCUUCAAGUGUUUUCCUCUCUUUUACAGCAGUUUUCUAACUUCAAAACCUUACUGCUCUCAUCUCCGAGUCACGAGAAACGAUAAAAUGGAAGGAAAGUUAGGAUGUUUUGCGAGGUUUUUUCUCACAGCCAAGCCAUAUAUAGCAAUGAUUUGUUUGCAAUUCGGAUAUGCUGGUAUGAAUAUCAUAACGAAAGUUUCGUUGAAUCGAGGAAUGAGCCACUAUGUCCUUGUUGUUUAUCGUCAUGCAUUUGCCACUGCUGCUAUCGCCCCAUUUGCCAUCAUCUUCGAGAGGAAUAUGAGGCCGAAGAUUACAUUCUCCAUCUUUAUGCAAAUGUUUGCCUUGGGGCUUCUUGGGCCUGUGAUCGACCAGAACUUCUACUACGCGGGGUUAAAGUUCACCUCACCAACUUUCUCGUGUGCUAUGAGCAACAUGCUUCCAGCAAUGACCUUCGUUAUGGCUGUCCUCUGCAGGAUGGAGAAAUUGGACAUGAAGAAGGUUAGAUGCCAAGCAAAGGUGAUAGGAACCAUAGUGACAGUAGCAGGGGCUAUGUUAAUGACACUUUACAAGGGUAAUGUUGUGGAGUUGAUUUGGACGAAGCAUGUUCACCCCCACUAUGCCGAGACAACCUCUGCAUCAUCCGACUCUUCUGAUAAAGAUUGGGUGAAAGGGUCCAUUCUUCUUAUUAUUGCUACCUUUGCAUGGGCUUCUUUUUUCAUCCUUCAGAAUGUGACGAUGAGGGUUUACAAAGCGCCUUUCUCUCUCACCUGUUUGGUAUGCUUUAUUGGUACUUUACAGUCCAUUGCUGUUACUUUUGUAAUGGAACACAAGCCUAACGUUUGGUCUAUCGGCUGGGAUAUGAACCUUCUUGCUGCUGCCUAUGCUGGAAUUGUGUCGUCAAGCAUUGCAUACUAUGUGCAAGGUUUAGUAAUGGAAAAGAGAGGGCCAGUUUUCGUGACUGCUUUUAGUCCUCUAAUGAUGAUCAUUGUUGCUAUCAUGGGUUCUUUCAUCCUAGCUGAAAAGAUCUACAUGGGAGGUGUGAUGGGUGCGAUACUGAUCGUGAUGGGACUAUACUCGGUUCUAUGGGGAAAAUACAAGGAAUUCAAGGACAAAGAAUUGAGUGACGAGAUCCUCGAUCCUGUAAAAGUCAAUUCGGGAAAUAACAAUAAUAACAACAACAUGAUGAUGAUUGAUGGUGUUGAGGCGAACGACAUCGAGAUGCAAAAGAACGAAACACACAUAUCUGCUGUUCCAGCCAUUGCCAUCAGUGCACCGAUGCCGACCCCACCAAUGAUAGCAGUGGAAGCACCAAAAGUGUAACAAAUUGAUGAAGUAAUCGAGAGCAUAAUGGAAGAGAAAAAAACAAAGAAAAUUAAUAAUGGAGGUUUUUAUAAUAUAGAUGUACAAGUACAAUAGAUUAGAGGGGGGUGGGGAGAAAAGCAAGCGCUUUUUGUAAUUUUGAAAUUUCCCAAUUUAUGUUUUACUUGAAGAUUCCAAUGAAAUCUUUGUUUGAGAA